AUGCAGAACGAUUCCGACUCUAGCAGUGGGAGUUCUGUAUCACCAGCUUCCAGGUCAUCACCAAUCUCUACACAAACUAUCCCCUUGCUGUCGAAAUUGCCGGCUGCUGAGCAGUCGAGGGUUUCAGAUGAACCAUCUUUGCUAGAUAACAGAACUCCUCCGCCGCGACAGAUCCCAUUAUUUCGCUUUACCCCUACCGCUGAAUCGUGGAAGCAGAAAUCUACGUCAGCAUCUCCUUCAGCAUCACGACCGGCACUAGGGAUUGUUCCUCAGAGUAAGAGCUCGCCAAAGAACAAAAAGGCCACGGACCAGGAAAAGCUGCUAAAGCCAACGAGAAUACCGAAGGAUCGAUUGCUUAGUUUAUUGCGGUCCAAGAGCAAGGUUGGCAAUUUUCAUAAUGUCACAGUGAACAAAGCAGAUAUGCAACAGCUCUCGCGGAGCGGCACUACAAUACCAGAGUUUAUAUCCGUCAAUCAAUCAACAAGAGUACGAACAGCGCCAUCAGAAAAAGUUACAGAACGACCGGGUGAAGGAGGGCACACCAAUCUUGGUGAACUGGCGCACGAAAAGCUAACGCCUUAUGAGGUUUUCUCAAAGAACAGAACUUUUACUUCGAGCGUUAAGAAUCUAUUGCAGCUUGACAUAUCCAACCAAGCUACUAAGCAGGCUCCAGAUGCAAAAGUGCACAAAGAGAUGCCAACUAUUGAAAGUGACUCUACUCAAAGAAGCGACGCUGUGGAAAAACCACCUGCAGCCAAAGAGGAGACCCAACUGCCAUCCGCGAUCAACGAUACAAGUCGGAAAAUCGAAUCUUCAGUUGCCAGAAAGCGCACUUUUGAUGUCGCAAUGUCCGAGGAUCAGCAGUCUGCCGCAGAUGCUGCUUCGCCGAAUAAAUAUUUCAAAGAAGCAGAACAUGGCACAGCUGUAGCCGAAGACCGAGAGCGGAACUCAGAUAUUGUGUCGAUGAAUAAAGAUUUCAAAGCGCCGAGGUCUGAUGCAGUGAUAGCCGAAGACCAACGACCGAAGGCAGGCGCUGCGUCCUUGAAUAAAAACGUCAGAAUGCCAAGAAACAUUGAGGCAAAUCAAGAGCAAGAUCUAGGCACAGAUACAGUGUCGUUGAAUAACAAUUCCAAACCGCAAGCGCAUGGUGAAGUGACUUCUCUUUCCAAAAUACCUAGUGUCGCGUCACUACUGAAUAAUGAAGAGGAUUAUAAUGCCAGAGAUAUUAUUAAAGAUCGAUCUCCAUCCAGCGAAAGUAACAAAGAUAUUCCAGCGGUUGUUUCUCAUACGCGUACAUUAACGGCUAACCGGGAUGCAAAAUCCACCAGUGCUGGUAUUCAUAAAGCCCCACAAGAAAGCUCAGAGAUGAGAAAUAGUGUUGGAAACCAGAAACAAGAACAGUUCAAUAAAGAAAACAACAUUCUUAACCCAGUGCACCCUACAACUGCCAAGAAAAGUAUGGAUUCGGGACCACUGAUGGGUAUAGCAGAGAAAUGGAAUAAUGCCCUACUGCAGGAACCGCCCAAUACUUCUUCUCAGAGACAGGCUUUAGCAGACCUUUUUACUAAACUUUAUCAAAACAAUAUGCUGAUCAAGUCCGAAGACACCCAUUCAAUCGAUGGAAGUGCGAGAUCAACAUCGGGGCUUGAUGAAGACAGAAAGCCCGAGCACCCAGUUGAGGCGAGAAUUGUUACCGAUAUUGAACUUUUCACUAGCGAGAAAAUUAACGAUAAGCGUCCAAACAUUACGCCUCGACAAAAGCCACAUCAUCUUAGAGGUGCGGUGGUUAUUCAAGACACGGCACCUCCUAAGCUCGCUGCCGAUCAACAGUUGGAAGAGGACAAGAACCUUUCGAGGCCUCAACUGUUUUACCUAACUGAUUCCGAAGAGACCUCGACCGACAACGAAGAGCAAUCUCCUAAGGGAUUCGUGAAUCCAGGCCGCAACGAGUCACCGAAAGCACAUUCUUCAGUGCAGCGACCGGUUUCUCAUGGAACACUUCAUGAAAACUCCUCUAUCGAUCGUCCGAUCAGUGCAGGGAAGGAUUCCUUGCACCAGGACCCUGAAGUCGAAAGAAGAAGAAUCAAUCGUGAAUUGGCCAUUAAAGUGAGAGCCAAGUUUGAUGAAAAAUCGUGGUUCAGCAAGAGUACGGUUAUGAACCUGGUUGAGCCAGGAAUAGCGAAGCACUCCUCAAUGGCGUCUCAUCCGAAAGUUAGCGUGACGAAUAACAUAUGCUCGACAGAAAACUAUGAACACUCCCAUGCGUACUAUUAUCAGCAAUUGCAUAAAAGAAGCAAACUAGAGUUUAUUCCCCUAAGAGGUCCACUUGCUGCCGAAUUUGGUAAAGAAGGCAAGCAGUCGCCUUCUAAGGUUCUUGCCGGUUCAAGUCUUCCUAAACAAGUCCGACUACCAGAAAAACGGCCAGGCGAAAUGUGGAAGCGGAGCUGGCGUGCGUUGCUGCAAACGCGCUCUAUAUUGUUUGAUUUUGGUCCAGGUCCCAGCUCCCAGAAAUCUGAUAACUUGCAUAGUAAGCAGAUCGCUCAAUUGAGGCGCAUUUUUGACUCAGAGUUUGGAACCAGGAUCGCUAGCCAACUUGAUGCGGAUGUCGAGAUAGUUAUAUCUAGCGACAACUUUAAGGCAGCGAAAGCGGUUGAGAGCAUACUCAAUGAUCCCCUGAGGGCUUCAGCGCUUAAUAAAAAUUUGAGAGUAUGGUCUAUCGAGAAGGCAUAUCAGUUCCUGGAGAAUAUGGGUAUAAACGUAAAAGAAUGGACCAAACAAGCGAGCGCUACGGAAGAGUCAGUAACAAAAGCUACCGUAAAGCAAGUUCCAAUCUCCAAAAUCCCGGCUACGGGUACGAUGAAAGUCGGUGCAGACAAUGCUAUUGCCAAGGGAGCUGAAGCUAAAGAACAUGUUGUCAAAGGGCCUUUUGCCGGGGAGCGAGUUGCCGAAGAUUCGAACUUUUUAAAAGAAUGGACCAAACGAGCGACCGCUACGGAAGAGUCAGUUCCAAAAGCUACCAUAAAGCAAGUUCCAGCCUCCAAAAUGCCGGCUACGGGUACGAUGGAAGUCGGUGCAGAGAAAGCUAUCGCCAAGGGAGCUGAAGCUAAGGAACGUGUUAGCAAAGAGCCUACUGCCGAAGGUAAUAUUGCAAGAAAACCCCAUACCAGAGAGACUAUUACCGAAGAGCCAGUGGCCAAAGUUCCAGCGGCUAAAGAGCCUGUCGUGCGGAUUUUUGCGCCAAAUAUGGCUCCCCUUACAAAAGCUUUUGCCGUGCAGUCUUCGACAGCACGGCUAGGCGUCAACAAGAUACUAGGGACUAAAACGAGGAUUCGCGACACUACCACCACUACCAAUGCUCCUGAAAAAACUGCCAUCAUCGAGAGUGUCAAGCCGGCACAUAAAGAAUCACGCCAGGAAACCGCACCAACCGGCAGAAAUGCAGUUCAGCAAAGCCAAACGAGUGUGGCUGAAAUCGUGGACAUAGAUAUGGACAAGACUGAUAGCGAGAGCGACGCACUGGAAGAAGAGUUCGAGCCGAUUCUGCGGGAAGCAUCAGAGCAGCUGGAGAAGAAAGACAAGCAAAUAGAAGCUGCCAGAAAGCUCAUCUUGGCUCUAUGUCAAGACGUCAUGAAGAAAGAAUUAGAAAUUACUUCGCUACAUGGAAAACUCAAGGUCUCGGAGCGACAGCUCAAGGAGAAAGACAAAUCAAUUGAAGAUUACACGGAAGCUCUUUACCAAAGGGAGCUACAGCUCAGAAAGAUCACCAAGAAUAAACGCGAUCUAGCCAAUCGCUUUGACUGA